AUGUCGGACUCUACUACACAUAAACAACAACCUAGAAGGCCAAGAGGUGGAUUCAAAGGUCAAUCCAAAAGAUCUAAUCCUUCAUCUACAAACUCAAAUUCAAAAGUGAACUCUGAAGUUCAAAAUAAAUUAAGUACUCUUAAUGAAUUAUUCCCAGAUUGGUCAAAUGAAGAUUUAACAGAUUUAAUUAAUGAAUUUGAUGUAUUGGAAGUUAUUAUUGAAAAAAUUACUACAGGUGCUGUUAGUAAAUGGGAUGAAGUUAAAAAACCAUCUAAAAAGGAAAAACAACAAGAAAAACAUGAACAAGAAAUAAUAAAUAAUAAAGAUCAACAAUCAAAUGGUUCUUCUCAUCCAAAACAAAGAGAAUUCAAACCAAGAGGUGGCUUCAAAGAAAAACCUGGUAAAAGAGCUCCGGUAGCUUCAAAACAACCAAAAGAUUCUUCUUCUGCUCCAAAAGAUCAAAAAGAUUCAUCAAAUACAACCACUACUUCUACCUCUACUUCUGCUGCUGCUGCUCCUAAAUCAACUUCAUGGGCUGCUGCAUUAGCAAGUUCUGAUCCAAAAACUAAAGCUGCUGCUGUUAAACAACAACAACAAGCUCAAGAAGCUGAAGAACAAUUAAAAGAUCAAGAAUCAACACAAGAAGAACAACCUCAAAAAGAAGAACAAGUUAAAGAAGAAUCAAAACCAGAACCAAAACAAUCUGAAAAACCUCAAGAAGAAAAAAAAGAAGUUAAAAAACCAGCUCAAACUCCUGCAACUAGUAAUAAAUCAUGGGCUGCUAUUGCAACUCCUCCAGCUCCAAAACCAAAGAAAAAAGUUGCUCCAGCUCCAAAACCUCAACCUCAAGAACAAGAAACUCAAGAAACUUCAGUUGAACAAGAACAACAGACUGAAGUUGAAAAAGUUGUUGAAGUUACAAAAGGUGUUGAAACUGUUUCUGUUGAAGAUAAAAAACCAGAAGAACCAAAACAAGAAGAACAACAAGUUGAACAACCUCAAAUUCAACAAGAAGUUCCAAAACAAGUUGAACAACCAACUACAACUGAACAAGUUCAACCUGAACAAACUCAACCUCAAAUCCCAAUUCAACAACAACAACAACAAAAAUCUCAAAGAAGAUUACAACAAGAUGCUCCAGUUGUUUUACCACAAACUGCUAGUCAAUUAGGUAACGUCGGUGGUAUAUCAUUCGGCUCUUCAUUGUAUGAUAACAAAGAAUCAACUAAAGAACAACAACCUCAACAACAACAACCAGCUCAACAACAACAACAAUAUAAUAAUGACUACUACAACCAACAACGUCAACAACAACAGCAACAACAACAACGUUCUUACCCACAACAACGUCAACAACAACAACAAGCUCCACAACAACAAUCUCAACCAUCUCAACAACAACAACAACAAAACUUUUUCCAACAACAACAACAACAAUACCCUCAACAACAACAACAACCUCAAACCCAAACCCAAUCUCAACCUCAAGGUCAAGGUCAAGGUCAACAACAAUCUCAACAACAACCUCAACAGCAACAACAACAACCUCAACAACCAAUUCCAAAAGGUCUUGAACAAUAUUAUGGUGCUUAUUCAUCACAAUUCCCAGGUUACAACUAUGCUGGUUUAGAUUAUGGUUAUGAUCGUAGUAAUGGUUACAAUCAACAAAGAUCAACUGGUGCUUAUGAUCAAGCUUCUGGUGCUCAGCAAACACAACAACAAUUUGCUGCUGCUCAACAAUCACCAUACACUGUUCCACCACAAAUUCCAACCAUUCCAGUUGCAAAUGAUUUAGCCACUGCUUCACCAGUUGCUUCCCAAGUUCAACCAUCAAAUGCUGGUGGUAAUCAACCACAACCAAAUGUUGCAGGUAUGCCUUAUCAAACUCCAUUUUUCCAAAACAUGCCAUAUAUGUAUUACCCACAACAAUUUUAUUAUCAACAACAAGCUGCAGCUGCUCAACAACAACAAUUUUCACCAUAUAAUCAAUAUCAACAACCAAAAGGUUAUGGUGCUUAUGGUGCUCCACAUCAAGCUACUCAAGCUUCAUCAGCUCCACAAACUCAACAAAGUGUUCCUGGUUCUCAACCAAACUCUCAACAAGCUGCUUCUCGAGGUAAUCAAUCAGCUUCUAAUGGUUCUGCUCCAACUGGUCAAUCAGGUGCUGAAGAUCAAGCUGUUCCACCAUUUUACCAACCACAAAACUACUAUGGAUAUGGUGCUGAUUUAAACCAAAGAAGUUGGUAUUAA